GGGCGGGCCGGCGGACGGCGGCGCAUGCGCAUGCGCAAGCGAUCGCGUGGUCACUGGGCCUGAGCCACCUCUGGCCAGUUUGCGGAUCGUUGGGGAACCCCGCUGCAGCUUUUGACCCCAGCGCCUGGCUUUCCGUGGCACUCCCGGCUGCACGCCCCCCGCUCGGCCUCGCCAUGCCGGUGGACCUCAGCAAGUGGUCCGGGCCCCUGAGCCUGCAGGAAGUGGACGAGCGCCCGCAGCACCCGCUGCAGGUCACCUACUCCGGGGCGGCGGUGGACGAGCUGGGCAAAGUGCUGACACCCACCCAGGUUCAGAACAGACCCACAAGCAUCACUUGGGAUGGUCUUGAUCCAGGUAAACUCUAUACCUUGGUCCUGACUGACCCGGAUGCUCCCAGCAGGAAGGAUCCCAAAUACAGGGAAUGGCACCAUUUUCUGGUGGUCAACAUGAAGGGCAACAACAUCAGCAGUGGCACAGUCCUCUCUGAUUAUGUGGGCUCGGGGCCUCCCAAGGGCACAGGCCUCCACCGCUACGUCUGGCUGGUUUACGAGCAGGACAGGCCCCUGAAGUGUGACGAGCCCGUUCUCAGCAACCGAUCUGGAGACCACCGUGGCAAAUUCAAGGUGGCAUCUUUCCGUAAAAAGUACGAGCUCGGGGCCCCAGUGGCCGGCACAUGCUACCAGGCCGAGUGGGAUGACUACGUGCCCAAACUGUACGAGCAGCUGUCUGGGAAGUAGGGGAGGCUUGGAGACACAAACUGCCCCAGAGGCCCCGAGCAGUGUUCUCCAGUUCAGUGUUGCAUGUAGAUGUCUCCUCUUUCCCGCUCCCCUAGCAUAGGUGAGGACUGAGCAGUCAGAUAGUGGUUCAGGGUGACUUUUCCUACUUCCUGUCCUUCAUAAUUCUAGAUAGUUGCACACCCUGGUUUGUGUUUUGAUCGAAUUUGAAUUUCAUUUUGGGAAAUAUUUUGGUACCAUGAUGGGGUCAUCAAAUUAAUACAAGAACAGCAACCCAGAAUUUGAAGAAGAAAAAAAUCUAAGUAAAAAGACCAGGUCUACAGUAAUAGAGUAAAGCAUCACAGAAUCUUUAAGGGA